GAACGCACAGGAAGUUAACAUGGUGAAGUUUAGGGAGCUGAAUCUGUUUUUUCUCGUCGUGUGGCUGGGGAGAGCCGUCACAGAGACUCCCAACGCAGAAAUACCACCUCCAGAGAGGAUAGCUGUGAUCGGGGCUGGGAUCGGUGGAGCGGCAGCCGCCCACUUCCUGAGGCAGUAUUUCGGACGGGAUGUCCAGAUCGACGUUUACGAGAGUGGGACAGUCGGAGGACGAUUGGCCAAGGCCACAAUCAGCGGCCAGGACCACGAGAUAGGAGCGGCAACCAUUCACCCUCUCAGUCUGCACAUAAAAGAGUUUGUUCAGCUGCUGGGUCUUAAGGAGCGCAAGCAUCCCAACAACCUGCUGGCGGUGUACGAUGGGGAGCAGUUUGUGUUUGAAGAGAGCGAGUGGUUCAUUAUUAACUUCUUCAAGCUGAUCUGGCGAUACGGCUUUGACUUCCUACGGGUGAAGAUGUGGCUGGAAAAUUAUCAGCACAAGUUCAUGAGAAUCUAUCAGUACCAGGCUCAGGGCUACUCCUUCACAACCAUGGAGAAGCUGCUGCAGGUGCUCGGAGGUGACAAUUUUGUACAGAUGACCAAGCAUUCCAUUGAUGAAGCCUUGCAGGAGGUUGGCAUCAGCCAGAGGUUCAUCGAUGAGAUGGUUGGCUCCAUCAUCAGGCUGACCUACGGGGAAGGUGUCAACGUCAAUGCCUUCGUAGGCAUGACCUCGCUUUCAGAGACCGAGUCCGACCUGUGGACUGUGGAAGAGGGAAACCAGCUGAUAUGCUCAGGCCUGCUUUACUCUGCUAAAGUCAACCUCAUCAAAGGCAAGGUCACCUCAGUAGAUGCCAAGGAGAGGCCUCGUCGCAAUGGUGAGGUUGUUACCGUCUAUGAGGUGAACUACCUGGUGGGCCCCCACACUGACUAUGGGGCGUACGACAUCGUAAUUGUUGCAGCCCCCAUACAGAGUUCCGAUCCGGAAAUCCAUUUCCGGGCUUUCUCCCAGCCGAUCGAUGUGCCUCGGGGCCGGUACCAACAGAAGUUUGUCACGCUGGUGGAGGGCCGUUUAAAUGCUUCCUUCUUCAGCUACCAUGGGGCUGGGCCGUUCCGUCCCACCACCAUUGGCACCACCGUGCACUCGGGCAACUUCAUCCUGGGUGCCAGUGUCUCGGCACCCGUCACAAGGGGCACACCCCCCGCCCGGGUCUGGAAGGUGCUGUCACCUGAACCCCUGGGCGAGGAGGGUCUGAGGCACCUCUUCCCAUCCUACGCUGCUGUGCGCCAGGCCCAGUGGCUCGCCCACCCCCGCUACAGCCCGGACGACCGGGUGCCACCCUUUGUCCUCCACGACCAGCUUUACCACCUCAACGCCAUUGAAUGGGCAGCCAGCACCCUCGAGAUGAUGGCCAUCGCUGCCAAGAAUGGCGCCCUGCUUGCCCACCACCGCUGGUUCAGGCAACUGGACAAGAUCGACCAAGACACACUACAAGAAGUUAAGGUCGAACUCUGACCCAAAUCGACCAGAAAAGAUGGUGUUCUUUUCAAGGCCUUUUGUACACUGGAUGUUUGCCUCCACCUGAAGGAAUAGGUUAUGUUUGCCCUGAUUUACAUUGAAAUUCACAGCACAGGAAAAGACUAUGCUGCCCUUCCGGCAUGUGCUGGCGUUGAUGCUCCGAACAAAUCUCUUACCCUCACUAUUGCUGCUCAGUCAUGCCGUCUGGGAGGAAGUUCUGCAUUCUCAAUGCUCUCUAGACAGCGUUCCUCUAGAAUUCCCUACUGGAUUUAUUCGUGACUUCCUACCUAGUUUUGGACUUCCCUCGCAAAAGAAAUGCCUUCUCCUCUCCAACCCUUCCUAAUCCUACGUCUCUAAAACAUCACUUGUAAGGAUCCCCCGUCCAGCCUCUCCCUGAUGCGUAGAACCUCUGCUGUCAUCCUCACAGAUCUACUCCCAUGCCUCUAGAUAUGUAAUAUUGAGGCUGGAACUGGGUUUGUCAUCCUUGGAGCAGGGGUGGGACCUGAUGGAGGUGGACAAAGUUACAAGAGCAUAGAAGGGGUGGACAGUGAGAAACAUUUCUCCAUAAAGGAGACAUUUAUAAGAUAUCUGUAUUAGUCACGUGUACAUCAAAACACGCAGUGAAAUGCACGGUUUGCGUAGAGUGUUCUGGGGGCAGCCCGCAAGUGUCGCCACGCUUCCGGCGCCAACGUAGCAUGCCCGCAACUUCCUAACCCGUAUGUCUUUGGAAUGUGGGAGGAAACCGGAGCACCCGGAGGAAACCCACGCAGACACAGGGAGAACGUACAAACUCCUUACAGACAGCAGCCAGAAUUGAACCCGGGUUGCUGGUGCUGUAAAGCGUUACGCUAACCGCUACACUACCGUGACCAGAGGACAUGGGUUUAAAGUGAGGAAUAAGAUGGUUAGGGGGAUCUGAGGAAUUUCUUCCACCCUGAGGCUGGGUGUAAUCUGGGAUGCACUGCCUGGGAAGAUGGUGGAGGCAGAAGCUCUCAAACGUUUUAAAAAGUAUCUGGAUGAACACUUGAAUCGCCACAGGCCAAGUGCUGGUAAAUGUGAUUAAUUUGUAUGGGUGCUUGUCAGCCUGGACAUGAUGGGCUGAAGGGCCUCUUUCUGUGCUGUAUGACUCUCUGACUCCGUAACUACUCCAAAUGAUUCUCAAUUAAUCUAGUCUGGGCUGGUCCAUGUUUUUGCUUUGUUCUGUGCUAUUUUGGAAUAGUUUGGAAGCAUUGGAUGAAAUAUUUUCUCUGUGAAGGUUAAUAUCUUUAGACUCCUGGGUUUUUAUUUCUUCUCAGAUUUAGCCGACCCUACCCCAUGACUUGUUCAAAGAAAAGCACGUUACGUAAAGCAGGUGCUACUUUGGGAGCUGGGUGUAUAAGCUUUGCGAAUGGAGGAAAUUAAGAUAAUUUGCAAUAAUUUCUCACUAACUUCUGAGCAGUCUUGCAUGCACUGUGCCAGAUUCAGCAGCCAACCUCUUUCUUCACUUGUCCUUACAAUGCUAAUGUACCAACACAGACCACUGCCAUGGGUCGACCUUCGUGAUUUCAUGUAAAGAAUAUACUGAGGGAACUGCUGAAGGUGAAUUGGAAUGAAGAUAAGAUUUCUUUAUUAAUCACAUGUACAUCGAAACACACAGUGAAAUUCAUCUUGUUGCGUAGAGUGUUCUGGGGGCAGCCCGCAAGUGUCGCCAUGCUUCCGGUGCCAACGUAGCAUGCCCACAACUUCCUAACCCGUACAUCUUUGGAAUGUGGGAGGAAACUGGAGCACCCGAAGGAAACCCACGCAGACACGGGGAGAAAGUACAAUCUCCUUACAGACAGUGGCCGGAAUUGAACCCAGGUCACUGGUGCUGUAAAGCUUUACGCUAACCGCUACACUACCGUGCCUGCCUGAAGUCAUGGGAAGCAGUCACAGAGGCUCUUGAAGAGACAGAUGGCGGGGCAGAGAGAUUUAGGAAGAGUAUGUAGGGGACUGUGGUGCUAAGAGCCAACAUUGUGGGAAUUUGUGUUUUAUUUCUUUGACUCAUCACGCGUGGGUGAUGCACCUGAUAUGCAGCCAGACUACCAAAUGUUAGAACGUGAGAUGGGGCUAAGAACAGCAAUAAUAGAGACAUUUUAGCAGUAAUGGUCUUCUAUCUUACUAGUUUGGCCUUCUUUCCCCUGACUUUUGUAGAGGGCUUAAGUUGAUUUACAGGACACUCUUGAGCAUCUGGGUCUUCCCAACGUAAUGAACAUGAGGAUUUUGCCUGGUCUGAAAUCAGCCACUGGGAGACUGUGAGCAACCUCUUGGAUGCGAUAUAAAACUGAGACCCAGUCUGUUCUCUUGGAGGGGCAAUAAUUCUGUGUUAAAGCAGAGAAAGGGCUGUCUUCCUGGGGUCAAUAAUCUACCCCUCAUGCAACAUCACUGAAACAGGUUAUCUGCUGUGUAUAAGUUGGCUACUGUUUUUUUGACAUGACCACAGAUAAUAAUCAUUUCAUUGGCUGUGAAUGCUUUGAGAUAUCCUGAGGUUGUGAAUGGGACUAUAGAAAUCGGGUCAGUCCUUAGUUUUUUUUCUACCAGCUGCAACUUCUGUUUCCUUGGCAUUUUAACAGCUAUUUGUGUCUCGAUAUAAAAACAGAAGAUGUUGGAAAUACUUAGCAGUACGGACAGCAUCUAUGGAGGGAAGAAUAAAGCUAACAUUUUAGGGUGAUGACCUGUCCUCACUAUUUUGAGGAAAGACGAUCAACCUGAAACAUUAACCCAGUUUCUUUCUCCACAGAUGCUGCCUGACCUGCUGGGUAUUUCCAGCAUUUCUGUUUUUAUUUUUAUUGUUUUCAGAACUUCUGCGGUUUUUGUUUUUUGAUUUGUGGCCUUUUUUUUAAAACAACAGUAUGUGCCCAUUCUAUCAGCACCUGAUGUUUGCAUGCAAGUCUGCUUUCAAGAUUCUUUUAAUAAAAUGGUUAAAUAAUUGCU